AUGGCUCUCGGCGGACUCCGCCGGCACGUCGGCCAGUUCUUGACCAGCAGCAAUGAGCUUAUGGCGGCGUCGCUCUCGGCCGUGAGCUGCGCGGACGAGGUGCAGGAGGAGGCGGAGGGGGCGGGGUGCCGUGACGACGCCGCAGCGCUGCGGCUCAAGGAGGUGGCCAUGGCGGCGAUCCUGGUGGCCGCGGUGCUCGGGGUGGGCCUGCCGCUCGCGGGGCGGAAGCGCCGCGCGAUGCGCACGGACAGCGCCGCGUUCCUGGCGGCCAAGGCGUUCGCCGCCGGGGUCAUCCUGGCCACGGGGUUCGUCCACAUGCUGCACGACGCCCAGCAGGCGCUGUCCAGCCCGUGCCUCCCCGCCUCGCCGUGGCGACGGUUCCCGGUCCCCGGGUUCGUCGCCAUGGUCGCCGCGCUCGCCACGCUGGUGCUCGACUUCCUCGCCACCAGGUUCUACGAGGCCAAGCACCGCGACGAGGCCGCGCGCGUCAAGGCAGCCGCCGCCGCCGCGCUCGUUGCCACCUCCUCCUCCGCGAGCGACGAGGACAUCACCGUGGUCACCGUCGACGCUGAGGACGAGCGCAAGGCACCGCUGUUGCAAACGCACUGCCAUGGACACUCGCACGGACACGGACACGGACACGGACACGGACACAGCCACAGCCAUGGGCAUGAGCUGGUGCAGGCAGAGGGCAGCGAGGGGGAAGUGUCGGCACAUGUCCGCUCCAUUGUCGUGUCACAGAUACUGGAGAUGGGGAUUGUGUCACACUCUGUGAUCAUCGGAUUGUCACUGGGAGUGUCGCGGAGCCCAUGCACAAUCAGGCCACUUGUAGCAGCGCUUGCCUUCCACCAGUUCUUCGAGGGGUUUGCACUAGGUGGGUGCAUUGCUCAGGCACAAUUCAAGAACCUUUCGGCAAUUCUAAUGGCAUCUUUCUUUGCCAUCACAACACCGGCAGGAAUAGCUGCAGGGGCAGGCUUGACCACAUUCUACAAUCCCAAUAGCCCAAGGGCUCUUGUGGUUGAGGGCAUUCUUGACUCGGUGUCGGCUGGCAUCCUCAUAUACAUGUCACUAGUGGAUCUCAUUGCUGCAGAUUUCUUGGGUGGAAAGGUGACAGGGUCCCUGCGACAACAAGUGAUGGCAUACAUCGCAUUGUUCCUCGGUGCGCUCUCGAUGUCAUCACUUGCAAUAUGGGCUUGA